CCGCGCGGAUCGCCCAUGGAGAAGCACCGCGUCCACCGCCUCGGCGGCGGCGCGGUCGCCUGGACGCCGUCCCCCGUCGUGGCGCUGGCCACCUCCCCCUGCGCCUCCCAGGUGGCCGCCGCGCGGGAGGACGGCUCCCUCGAGCUCUGGCUCGUCUCCCCCGGCUCCGUCGGCUGGCACCACCAGCUCACUAUACAGGGGAGGUCGGAGCCGAGGGUCACGUCGCUUGUCUGGGUCCCAACCGGCGCGGGAGGGCGGCUGCUCUCUUCCAGCGUCGAUGGGUCCGUGGCAGAAUGGGAUCUCUUCAACCUAAAGCAAAAGACUGUACUAGACACUCUCAGAGGAGCGGUCUGGCAGAUGGCCAUGGAGCCUGGAUACGAUCAACUGUUUCCUGGAAGUAAAAGCUCAGAAUGCGCCGCAAACGGCCAUGCAAAUCAGAAUGGCUGCGCCGACUCUGAGUUAAGCUACGUUGAUGAUGGUGACAGUUCUGACGAUGAAGAUGAUUCUGCCAAGACUAGCUCUUCGUACCGUGUGAAUGAGUUUCAGCGUUUGGCCCUGGCGUGUGACGAUGGCUCUGUGCGCUUGUAUAAUGUGCCUGAAUCUGGUGCAUUGACUUACUACAGAUCUCUUCCAGGAGUGAGCGGACGAGUUUUGAGUGUGACGUGGAGUAAUGAUGCCAAAUUCAUAUUUUCUGGAAGCAGCGAUGGAUUAAUUAGAUGCUGGGAUUCAGCAUUAUUCCAUGAAAAGUAUCGCAUCACUGCCGGAUUAGGAGGGGUUGGUAGUGGACGUGAACUUUGUAUAUUAUCGUUGCUAAUUCUGAGGUGUGGAACCCUUGUUAGUGGAGAUAGUUCUGGGAGCGUACAAUUUUGGGAUAGCCGCCAUGGAACUCUUUUGCAAGCUCACACUUACCAUAAGGGCGAUGUGAAUGCACUAGCAACUGUGCCUAGUCAGAACCGGGUAUUUUCUGCAGGAUCUGAUGGGCAGGUAAUUUUGUACAAAGCAUCAAAGGAUGAGUUCAGUGCUCACAAUCAGAAGGUUGCCGAAGAGCAAUCCCACAAGUGGGUCUAUGUGGGAUAUGUCAGAGCCCAUUCUCAUGAUGUAAGGGCAUUGACUAUGGCCGUACCAGUUUGCAAAGAAGAUGAUUUACCAGAGGAAAAGGCAGUAAAGAGUCGCCGGCGCGAAAAGCCCAUUGAAUUCAGUUACCACAAGUGGGCACAUCUGGGUGUACCAAUGCUCAUUUCUGGUGGGGACGACACCAAGCUGUUUGCUUAUUCAGCACGGGAGUUUACUCAAUUUGCACCUCAUAACUUCUGUCCUGCACCUCAGCGCCCAUUGAUAAAUCUGGCAAGAGAUAGCACAGUUGAUGGGGAUUAUCUGAUGCUUGCGCAGUCUGCGGACUGCUUGGAUGUUCUACUUGUGUCAGUUCAGAACAAACUGAUUCCAAGUACAUCGUCCAGAGGAGAUGCUAAAAUACGACGUCAAGUUGUUCAUCUGAAAAGCGACGGGUCCCGUAAAAUAAUUUCUAGUGCUAUCUCCCCCAGUGGAACACUCUUUGCCUAUUCGGACUGUGCGAAGCCUCGCCUUUUCUCACUAAAACAGAAGGGUGGAAAGAAGUACUCUCUAGAUAAAAUAAAUUUGGAAAAGAAAAUCCGUUGUGCUCAGAGUAUGAUGUUUACUGCUGACUCGUCCAGUCUGAUACUAUCUUGCCAUGAUGGAAAAAUAUACGUUUUUGAUAUUGCAGCAGGAAAAAUUUCAAUUGAAUUUCAACCUACGAGAACGAUGGAUGGAACACAACCUUCCAAAGAACCACCUGUGACAAAAAUGUUUCUGAGCGCAGAUGGGCAGUGGGUGGCAGCAGUUAACUGCUUUGGGGAUAUCUACGUAUUUAACCUGGAGGUUCAGAGGCAACACUGGUUCAUACCCAGAAUGAAUGAGGGUUCGGUUACAUCUGGUGGCUUUUGUCCCAAGAACAAUGCCCUUGUCAUAACUACCUCCAAAAAUGAGGUUUAUGUAUUUGAUGUAGAAGCAAAACAACUAGGUGAAUGGUCCAAGCGCAAUACACAUCAUUUACCCAGAAGUUUCCAGGAAUUUCCAGGAGAGGUCAUUGGCCUGUCGUUUCCUCCACUAUGUUCAUCUUCAGUUGUGGUCUACAGUACAAGGGCAAUGUGCUUUAUUGAUUUUCGAUUGCCAAUUGGUCAGGAUGGUCAAUUGCCACAUGUUUCGGUUGUAUCAGCAGAAAAGUCAGAUCUACAUAAGGCUACAAAAACAAAGGUUAAGCGAAAAGAUCGUGAUGAAGAUUUGAAACAAGAGAAAUGGAAUAAUUUUGAAUUCGUUGCUUUCAAAGAUCCGGUGCUGUUUCUUGGUCACCUAUUGGACAGUUCAGUUCUAUUAAUAGAGAAGCGGUGGAUGGAUGUUGUCAAAGGAUUCGGUGCACCGGUUCAUAGAGACAUCUAUGGGACAUGAUCCACAGUAGCGUCUGGACUUGUGGCACUCGUAACAGGCAGCCCAUUCUUUCUUUUUCGUUGAAGCCAUGAAAUGUUCCCAUCCCCAAGCAAGCUAUCUGAUAUGACCCUCGGUGACUCCCAAGAUGUAGUAGUACAUAAUGUGUGCUGGUAUCAUCUGAUGAUAGCAAGUAGGCUGGGUUAAAUUUUUUGCUAGUGGCUUGUGUUUCUUGAGUAGCCUCUUUGUAUUCUUCUUCAGUUGAGUAUUAAGUACUUUAGUGGACUUCUCACCGCACAAGUUGUACUGUGUUAAAGUGCGCAAAUUUUGUCACAUGUAAACAAUGUAUCAGUACUACUGUUAUGUCACUACUGCCGUUUGUCUAUGCCUUCAGUUGUGCUGCGUGUAAGCGAGCACAUGGCAGAACUUUGAUUGCUCUACACCAAAAUUGAAACUGAUAUGCUAAUUGCAAAAUUGAAACGUUCU